AUGGCGCAGACAGAGCGGAAUAAUGUUAAUGAACCCAUAACCAUUCGAACAGAAUCUAAAGCGGAUGAAGUAACUGUAUAUCAACAGCGAGCCCAAGUUCGACGAUAUGCGAAGGUUGAAUUACCUGCUACUAUCAAUAAUGCUGGUGAAGAAGAGGAAUUACUAUUAUACUUCGCAAUGCCAGAGGAGUUUGAUCGCGAUUCUGUUCAGGUGUACUUUGAUGAACACACCGCUGAGCAUGUUGUCCUGCGUGCCACUCUUUUUGAAGAGAAUGAGGAUGAAGUGGAGGACGCUGAAGGGAAAGCAGCUGCAGCAGAUUACGCAAGUCAUCUACAAAAUAUUCGUAAUGAACUAAGAGAAGUGGAAAAACAACUUGCCCUCAAUCAAUUGGAUCUCACAGCUGUAAAAGAAGAGGCUACUCUUAACACAAAUCUCUUCACUCGUCUCUGUGGACCUGUAACGGAUGGUUUGCCAACAUCGUUGGAUGUAGAAUAUUGGGAAUCACAACUAACAGGAGUGGAGAAACGUGUACGGGACAACUGUGCGGAACGUCGUCGUCUAGAAAAGAAGGAUGCAGAGUUGAGGAAAACACAACAACACCUCCGUGAGAAACAACGUGAAUUACAACAAGGCAAUAAUAAUAAUAAUAACGACAUCAAACCUCUAAAUACUACUUCUACUAAUUCAUCAUCAUCACGAUCUUUACAUCAACGCCGACGACGAAAUUGGGCGUGUCUUGUGUUACGUGUACGAUCGGCAUUAUCGGCGGCGUCUGUCUUUGUCACUUACGCCACCACCAACACCACUGCUGCUGCCGCUGCUGCUGUUAUUCAAAACUACUGUGGAGGUCCCCAGAAGACUAGUCCUCAUAAUAGUAAUAAUAAUAAUGUGGGUUGGCAUGGAGAAUACACCGCCUCUCUCGAUCCCCGCCGCCGUCGAGUGACGCUUCGCUACACUGCUGUUGUGCGGGCUGCGGUGGAGCCUCUCGCCGAUGUCGCCGUCACUCUCUCGUCCGCUUCUCAUCGCGGUGGAAAAAAUGGAGGCGGUCAACCCGGUGAUGAGGACGAGGGUGUGCCGCCUUCUCUCAACAGUGCCUGGCGACUGGAGGCGGUGCGAAAUCCAGAAGGAAGAGGAAGAGGAAUAGAAGAAGAAGAAGAAGCAUCAAGUGAAGAUGAGGAAGAUGUAAGGCGGCGGCACGUUAUGUGGGGACAAUCUCUCACAGGAGAAGGAGGCCGCAAUGAUGCCACGCUCACUGCUUCUGCAAUUGUGAAUGUUACUUUACCAUCGCGAUAUACUUUUCCAACCGAUGGGGCUCCACUGCGGGUUCCCCUCGCCGUUCUUGAGUGGGAUGCAGAUAUUGCCUACUCUACAGUCCCUGAUAUGGUGGAGGCUGUCUUUGCUCACGCCACGUGUGUAAACAAGAGUAGUUAUCUACUCAUGCCUGGAAAGAUGGCAGUCUUCAUGGAUGGUGAUUUUGUCGCGAAUGCCGAGAUUGAGCGGACGGCGCCAGGUGAAGAAUUGCAUCUGGACUUUGGUGUUGAUAACACCAUUGAGGUGGAACGUAAACUACUACAUCGACUCAAGACAGUGGAUAAGGCAUCCUUGUUUACACGUGAAAGGAAACAGCGGAUCUUAUACAGUUACUCCACCGUCCUCACUAACAAGAAACAAGAUCAGGAAGGGUCUAGUGGAGCUGUUACAGUAACUCUCUCCGAGCGUAUUCCAAAAUCAAAUGAGGAAAAACUUGUGGUACGACUCAUUGAACCUAAAGAUCACUUAACGGGAAAAGGACAAGAAAGCGAGAAACGUCAGCGAGAAUUAGAGGUGGAUGGAAAGGUUGAAAUGAAAAUUAAUAUAUUGCCCGGUGAGACUGUUACAGUACCUUUUUCAUUCGAAGUAGAAGCACCACAUGACGCGACAAUAUUUGGACUAUGA